GUAAGGAUAAUAAUAGCCGCCUAAGAUCUAAUAUUUAAUAAUAAUUUUUAAGCAGUGCACUAAGUUUUAAAUAAAAGUCAAUAUUUUCAUUACACUGUAACACAUCAAUCAAGAUGGCGUCUGGAGUUAAAGUAUCAGAAGAUACGGUAGAAUUAUACAAAGCCAUGAAGCUUAGAAAGACAAACAACAGAUAUUUAAUCAUGUACAUAGACCAAACCGACGGUCUCAUUAAAGUUGAAUACACUAAAGAACGGGAUGACAGUAUUUCACAAGAGGAUGAGUUUAAAGAGUUUCUCGAUCGGUUACCUAACGAUAUUGGUCGUUACUGCAUCGUUGACUUAACCAUUCCUCAGAAAAAUGGAGCCAUGAAAGAUAUCAUGUUCCUUAUUACAUGGUGCCCUAAUAAUGCUCCAACCAAGUCUCACAUCUUAUACACAACCUCUAAGAAGGCUCUAACAGACAAGAUUAGGGAAGGAAUGACAGACAUCCAGGCAAAUGAUCUUUCAGAUCUGGUCUACAGUGAGCUUCUAUCAAAAGGCUGCAAGUAGGAACAACAACAUGUUUGGUUCAAGUGCCAGAUGUGUUAACUUGUGACUUUGGUCAGCACAUUUUGAAUCUGUAACAUUGUAUAGAUCUUUACUUUCUCAAACAUUUUUGUUUCUCUGUUGUGUGGAAGAGUGAAGUUUGUGAAAGGGCAUCAGACAUGUUGAUUGUAUCUGCCAACACCAUGCACUUGUUGCAUCCAAACUUGGAAAAUUGUCUAGCUUGUAAAUCAGCCCCUAGGGACAUUUUUAACAAUUCAAAUUGAAAUUGUUUGUGGUAUAUUUAAAGCAACUUAAAAUUUUAUAAUGAUACUUGUGCCUGCCUUAAAUUACUUGCAGCUUCUUAUCGUAAGCCUUCGUUAUAAAUGUACAUUUACAUUUAGAUAUUAGUCCCAUUCAGAGAUAUCCCUUAUGGUUUUUUGCUCAAUCUUUCUUAUGUGAUUAAUUUAUUUACUGUCUCUGCUCUAAAAGUAACAACAUAGAGAAACACUUUCAAGCAAAUACAUGAUUUUAUGGCAUGUGCUUGUGUCAGUUAUGGCCCUUUGGUGCCUUAAAAUGCUAUUACGUCUUCAAAGACUAUUGUCUAGUUAGUAAUACUUUUAAAUAACUGGUGCAAGAUGUUAAUCUUUCAUUAUUAACGUCUAACUUUGUAGAAUUCGACCACAAAAAUGAUAGAUAAACUGCUUCCUACUGUAUUAGCUGGCAAGAAUGUUCUGUGACCUUUUUGUUGUUGUUGGUUAAUUGUAUUUAUCUGUGGGUCUUUAUGGUUUUUUUUUUUAAUUAGUGCUUGUCUUUUUAAAGUAGAAAACAUCUUUUAUGUUGCUUACAUUGAUUGAUUUCUAACACAUUCUGCAAUUUCAGUAGAAAUACAAUAAUUUUAAAAAAUUCUAACCCUAUUUAGUUCAGUAGAUAACAAUUAUACCAUUUUUUUCAUGAUUAAGUUAAUAAAAGAACUUCAGUUGCACUUUUUUUGUGUCGAAUUUAAAAUUAAUUUAACAGUGGAGUACAGGUAUUUUGUUUUGUGUCUUAUGGACCUCUAUGUAUAGAAAAAGUACUUCAUGUUACUUUUAUUUGAAUAUAGUCAUAUUCAUUGAGCUUUUAAAUGCAGUUUUGGUUAAGUUACAUUUUAGUUAUGUAUUAUGUUUUUUAGAAAAAAUUUGCUUCACUGUCAAUGAAUAAUGGUUAUUAAAGUAAGAUUACCAAAACACAAAAACCACUUCCUUAGCUCUUUAUUAACACCUUAAGUUAAAUAAACUUUAAUUGAAUUUAAGUACUUAAUUUUUCAAUGGAUAAUUUGUUAAUUUUAGUGAAAAAACCCACAUUAUUUCUACAGUUUGCCUGUUUUAAAUGGGAAAUGGUGCUAAUGUUUAAUGAAUUUACAUGAAUUUCAAUUGAUCUUAAAACUAAAUUUUACAAUUAGAAACAACUUUUUGGUAAAUGUUUAGCAUUUAGUGUUUGUUCUGUCAAACACCCUUGAAUUUUUUUACAGUUCAUAAAAUCUUAUUUGUUGUAAUCAGAAGCCUGGUAGAAAAUGCUGCUUUGAAUGAUUCUGAAGCUGUCUUGUUUGAUAAAGUUACAGGAAGCUAAAUGUUUUAAAUGAUUUAGAGAUUUCAACUGUUAUUUUACUUUUUCCCAAUCAUUCCCAAACCAUGUACUUUGUCUUUUUUUUUAAAAAACAAUCUUUGUAUUAUAUUGGUAUUAAAAUUAAAAAAACUAGAACAAAUUAUCCAAAGUAUAUUUUAAAUGAUCAUGACUAAUACAAAAAAAAAUUGUGUUUAUGUCUAUCAGUUAGUUAAUUUAAAAUAAUAAUUUUGCAUUUGUGAUUUAUGGUGACUGAAGUGUUAUUAUUUUAUACAAAAAAAUAUGUAGUAUUUACAAGUUAAAAGUAUAACCAGAAAAACUUACACCAUAUUUAUCAACUUACACUUGCAUAAAACAAAUAGUAUAUUCUCCCAUUCAAUUUUUUUGUUCACAUGGUGUAUUCUGUAACAUUAAGUAAUUGUAUUAAUUUAUAAUUUACCUCUACUUACAUUGUAAGAAUAGUGAAACGAAUAUAGCAGGGGAGUUUUUUUUAAAUGGUUAUUAAAAACUAAUUGUGAGGCUCUGUGUGUUGAUGUUAUCUGGCAUGCUUAUUGCCAAUUGUUAUUAGGAAGUAAAGAUCUUCAUCAGCAUUUAAACACAUUUUAAAUUUGAAAAUUAUUUUUUUAAAUAUAAAAGUCCCUAGUUUUUCUAUUUAUGUGAAUUUUGCGCAUUUUGCCAGGUGUGUUUACAAACUACCAAAAAAAAGGUGGUGUUUUUUUAUAUAUUGUUAUUAAUGUAUUGGUUAGGUGUCUCAGUAAGUUAUUCAUUUUUUUCCUUUUGACUUACUUGUGUUAAAUGUUCAUCUCCUGCUUUGUUAAUUUUUUUUUUAAAUGCUGUAUUCAAUGCACAUGUGAAAAAAAAAUCUUUUUUUUUUCCCUUUAGUUAAACCAUGUUUUUUUUUGUUUUGUCCUGUUAGUGGUAAGUUUCUGAUUUCCAUGACACAAGCAUGAUCUGUAAUUUUUUUUUUUUUAAAUUAGUGUAAAUCAACUCUACAGAUGCAACCCAUUUUGUGCCAUCGCAAAUUAAAAAAAAACAGCCAAAGAAAUUUGUUUGAACAUUUUUUUAAAAAGAUUGUUUUAGAAUUUAGUUGUUUUUUUUAAAUUAACAUUUUGAAGGUUACAGAAAAUUAUUCUAUAUUGAUAAAGUGUGUGCAAUUAAAAAAAAAUCAAAAUUAAAAUUAUAAACCCUAUUAUAAAAAUAAACCUAUUAAAAUAUGGUAGUUGAUUUGGUGCACAUUGUUUUUUUUUUAUUCAUUAAAUUUUGUUACCAAAUUCA